CCUUGACAAUUUUAUAAACGUAUUCACUUCAACAUCAAUAUCUCGAAUCGUGGUAUGAGAAGAACACCAUUAAUCCUUUCAUAUGUAAAUGUAUUAAAUUGUAUUUUAAAUAUUUUUUUCUCCGAUAUAAUGGAGUGUUUUGAAGGUGGCAGGUUCAUGAUUUGUUGGUGUCUUAUUUUCCACUUUUCAAGUCACACUGCGGUAACUAUUGCAGAAAUGGAGAUCCUAAGCCAGUCAGCGCAAAAUUCCUUAUUUCGAGGUAUCUUCAAUGAUACGACCGUAUUAUUGUCAUUUUUAAACUCCAUCUCCGUGUUCUAUCCGGACAUAAAUGUGGAAGAAUUAACUGAUAUCGAUAUAAAUCCUCGAGAGCCCAAAAGAGGGGUAGACCAACCGGAAACGAUCUUCGAUGCAUGGGCUACCGAUAAACAUGGUGAAAAUUACAUAUUCCAGAUGCAACAGUCCUUCAAACCGUUCCAAGCUAGCAUGUACCAAUAUUAUGCCGCCCAAGCGUAUUGCGAUGCUAUCGAAUUAAAGUAUAACAAAUUUCAAAAACAACAUGGCAGAGCCCCAAACGAUCGAGAACUUUACGCAGACGCCCCCAGCGUUUUUCUCAUCGUCUUUACGGAUGACCUGCCUGUAAAACCAUUCACCUGCGGUGAUUCUAUGCACGCUUGUAUCGAUGAGUUUGACCAAGAAUCAAAAUUAAAUUUCAUGUUUACUAAUUUACAAAAAAUAGAUGAAAUGCCUAAUCACGGUUUUACUAAAUGGAUCCAUUUUUUGAAACAUUCGCGAAAUGGAUGGCUUCCAAAGAAACUAGAACCAAUUUAUGAAAAUGAGAUGGGUAUCAUUCGAGCUCUCAAGAUUAUGAAAGAAACAUCGCCUGUGAGUGGGAAUGUGAAGCUGAAAGAAAAAUCGAAGAACUUGAUCGAAGCUAAAGAAGAGGCUCGCCAGGAGGCUCUCGAGGAGGUAGCUAAGCGUCUUUUGAAGCAAAAUAUGACCAAUGACGAAAUUUGGGAUAUAACCGGUCUAAGCAAAGAUCGAAUAGAAAUAUUGCGAAACGAUAUCUAAUAAGUAUGGCAUCCUUUGCCUAGGUUGAAGGGAGUCAAUUGUGAUGCGAAAUAUGUACUGUUAUGAGAGCGGUCACAGUAUUUGACGUUUGUUUGAAUUUUUUCUCAAAAUAAUAUCUAUCAAUAUAAUAACCCUGUGAGUACCUCAUGGAUCAAUAGAAAUAUGUAUAAAAAGUUCAUCAACCUGGGUGGUUUAAUUUGAAUUCAUUUCUGUUCAUUUAUACUUGUCUGAUAAUAAUUAAUCAGUAAAAAGGAGUUGCCAAGAUUUCAUAAUGGAUCAUUCCACGUCAAUCGGACCAAGAAGUGGUAGG